GAACACAAGAGUCCCAUCCCAUCCCAUCCCAUAGAAACUGUGAUGUGAUCCUGCUCUCCCCUUCGUUACACGCAACGCAUACGCAUGGCAUAUGCUCCCACAGAUUCGCUUCUCCCGGGCCUUCCCUCCUGUUCUGCUGCUGCUCGAAUGCUCCAACUAACACCCACCUCCCUCCCUAUAUUAAGCUGCCCGUCGCUAAUGAUUCAGCCUCCUCUUAUUCUCAUUCGAUUACACACACACACGGAGAGAUCAAAUUGAUACACUGCGAUCUCGAUCAAACAAAUCAAAAAAAAAAAAAAUCUUGCGAGACAUUACUGACCGAUGAAGUUCGGCAAGCGCCUCAAGAAGCAGAUCGAGGAGAGCCUGCCGGAGUGGCGGAGCCAGUUCCUCAACUACAAGGAGCUGAAGCGGCGCGUGAAUGCCGUGUCCUCCCGCGGGUCGGCGGCGGAUCCGUCGUCGUCCAGCGCCGCGGAGGCCGACUUCCUGACGCUCCUGGACGCCGAGAUCGACAAGUUCAACGCCUUCUUCCUGGAGCGGGAGGAGGAGUUCGUGAUCCGGCAGAGGGAGCUCCAGGAGCGCAUCGGGCGUGCGGGCGGGCCCGAGGCCACGCUGGCGCGCGUCCGGCGCGAGGUGGUGGACUUGCACGGCGAGAUGGUGCUGCUGCUCAACUACAGCAGCGUCAACUACACGGGCCUCGCCAAGAUCCUCAAGAAGUUCGACAAGCGCACCGGCGGCGUGCUCCGCCUCCCCGUCAUCGCGCGGGUGCUGCGGCAGCCCUUCUUCACCACCGACCUCAUCUCCGAGCUGGUCAGGGACUGCGAGGCCGCGAUGGAGGCCGUCUUCCCGCCCGCCGCCAGCAGGGACCUCCACGGGCGCCAGGCGCUGGCCGUCGCCGGGCAGGGCAUCUUCCGCAACACCGUCGCCGCGCUGCUCACCAUGCAGGAGGUGCGCAGCGGGAGCUCCACCGUCGGCCAUUUCUCGCUGCCGCCCAUGCAGCCGCUGCCGGAGUCGGACUGGCUCGUCCAGUCCGUUGACAGCACGCCGACGGCGUCGCCCCUCAUCCCCACGCAGUGACUGACGACACCAUGGUCCACUUCCAGUUCCAUGAUCCAUGGCACUACAGUGCUACAGCACAGCGGGGCGUAUUAUAUAGUAUGCAAUAUAUAUACGAGAAGGCACAAUAAUCUACAUACUGUAGUGGUGCUCUGUAUGCGGCUGAUGUGUACAGUAGUAGUAUUUUUUUUUCUCCUUUUGUUGAUGAGGUGUUCUUUUCU